CGUAGGGGUUGUGGUCUGUCCAGACCCCUUUGCAGACACAGAUAAUAACAGUUGGCGGCUUUGCAGGGAGGAUGUCACUGUUGUGAGUUUCAUAAUGGAUAAUACGGAAGUAUCACCUUUUCGAAUUGCAUCCACCGUCAAAGCAUUGAGCUCAGCUCUACGGGGAGAACCUGAAAAUGAAGCCGACGUUACGCAUUCCGAUAGCGGCGAGAGGGUCGCGAACGAGCCGGAAAAGCUUUGGUUCAAGGAAAGCAGCGCAAAAAAUCUUAGAAAUCGCGACUUUUUGUCACCUAACACGGUUUUAACUACGCUUUAUGCAGAUGGACAGGUUCCUUCAGUUGUGCUGAGCAGAGUGUUAUCUCUGCAUGGGAGUGGUGUGUUGCCUGUGGCUGGAGGAGAAGUGAUGGCAGACGGCUUGCGGGUGCGUGUUGACCGUCCAGCUGCCUUUAAGAAAGUGUUAUGUGGGAUGUCUACAUACCUGAGGCCUGGGGCUCAGAGACAGGGCCAUGUGCUACUUAACUGUCCUUCCCUGCACCCCAGAUUUACCCUUCCCUCGCCAGACACAUUCACUCUUGGACAACUACGCACUAUACUCAUUGCUGACCACUUGGGGGCGCUGCUCAGGAGACAAGGGUAUUUUGUGUCCUUCUGCCCUGUGUUGCCUGAGGAGAGUGACAUCAUAAUCUUCCUCCAAAUGCUUGGCAUUGAUUGGCCAACGGUGCCGGGCAGCUGGACUAAUGAGGAGAGACAAGAAAAGAUCAAGAAAGCUCUUGAGAAUUCCCCUUUUAGAGAGACAGAGUCAGAAAGAGGGAACAGAACCAGUAAAAGAGAAGAGAUAGAGGGAGAUGGGAGAUGCAAGACAGAGGAGGUGAAGAUAAAUCUGAAAAGAGUGGUACAAGAGACAGAACUUCAUGGUUAUGACCCCAGCCUGGGUACCUGUACAGUGCAGAAGGAUAGCAUUUCUCACCUGGCACACCUUGACAGAGCUACAGCAGAGUUGCCAGUCUCCAAGGCAACAGUGAUACAUGUCACGUCUUGUCAGGAUGAAUUCCGUCAGCAGCAGACGGCCAUGCUGUGGAGGGCCAGUGGUGCUAUGGCAACACAGAGGUUUGUUGUUUGUGGACCUGUAAAGACUCCAGGAGCCCAGCUGAGUUCCGCCCAGUACCUCCAGUUAAGAAGAGCCCAGAUGAAGGAAGCCUCAGAAAUGAAGUAUGGGGACCAGGUUGAAGGACAGACCUGGGAUGACAUCAUCAGGGUCAUGACCUCAGCAACAGUGAGGUUUGAGCUGCUGUCCACUGCCCACACAAGUCCAGUCACUCUUGAUGUGCAAAGAGAAGGGGGCGUGUCUACAAAGGGUCCGAGGGGUGGAGUCUUUGUUAUGUAUAACUGUGCAAGGCUACACACACUUUUUAACAGCUAUGAGAAAGGAGUAGAGCAGGGACUUUACCCAGAAAUCCCUGAUGGCUCAGAGCUGGACUUCUCUGCGCUGAAAGAAGAGGGGGAGUGGCUUCUUCUCUUCAAUUACCUCAUUCCAUUCUCUGAACUGUUGGACCAAUCAGGGCAGGUGCUGGAGCUUGAGGGAGGAGGAGCAAGAGUUAACCCAAAAACAGAACAAGUUUGCAGAUUCUUGGUGUCUCUCAGUAAAGACUUCAGCUCCUACUACAACAGGGUUCAUGUUCUUGGGGAGCCGUUGCCUCAUCUAUUUAACCAGAUGUUCUGUCGAUUGCUGUUGCUUAGGACCCUGAGAGAGCUCUACCACACUGCACUGGACUCCCUAAACCUGCCCCCUAUACCUCAGCUGUAG